GUGUGCAGUCGCAGUCUCCUCCACGCUGUGAGUGCGCAGCGCCAGCACAGACCUCUUGAAUUUGGAACUUAAGCCCAUUUUGCAUGAACCUGCAUACCUUUACUGCUGUUUUCACGGCCGUCAACGACCCUCAGUGUUCCCGCUGUGGCUGUUUUUCAGCAGAUACUCCAACCCCGAAAACCGUCGGGACCAGUGAAGAGAGAAGCAGCGGGAGUAGUCUGAAACUUUUGCCAUCAUGAGCACGGUCAACCUUGAUACCUACAGCCUGUCACUGCUCACGGCCAAAGAGGACAUCCUCAACCCCCGUUCUUCCACCAACUGGGCAAUAUUUGCAUAUGAUGGAGUCACCAACAAGCUCAAACUGGCUGACUCAGGAGCGGGUGGUGUGGCAGAACUGGCAGGGAAGUUUCACAUCUCCAAGCCCCAAUACGGACUGUGCAAAGUGGGAAGUGUGGAGGCAGGAGGCGCCCGGAUUGCUAUCGUCAGCUGGGUCGGCCCAAAUGUGGAUGACUUCCGAAGGACAGAAUGUGCCAGCCACCUUCCAGCCAUCAAAAACUUCUUCAAGGAAGCACAUGUGUUCAUUAGUGCAGAGAAGAUAGAGGAUGUGACAGAGGAGAAGAUAAGAGCAGAGCUCAGCAAAGCCCAGUCUCAAACUCCUGCACAGUGGGUGAGAAGGAGCUCCAGAUCUGCGGACAAGGAGGAAUUAGUGGGUACAAACUACAGAAAAACUAAUGCUGCAAUGGAAAUGAGACUUAUAAACAGAGACUCCUUCUGGGCACGUGCAGAGCAAGAAGAGGAAAACAGGAAAGACGAAGAGAGGAGACGAGCAGCAGAGGAGAGCCGGCGACUUGAAAGAGAAAGAAUUCUAAAGGAACGGAGGGAUGCAGAAGAGAGAGACAGAAAGAUGAAUGAGAAAUUGCAGAUGAUUGAGGAGCAGAGAAGAAAACAGGCAGAGCAAGAAGAAGAGCUGCGCAGAAAGGAAAAAUUAAGAUGGGAGCAGCAGCAGAGGGAGCAUGAGGAACAUAUGAGGGCUCGUCUUAGAAGGAGUGAGUCCAUAGAGAAAGCAGCAGAGGCAGCAGCAUUAGUGUCCCAACGCUCCAUGAAUCCUCGGGAGUUUUUCAGGCAGCUGUCAUCAUCGUCAUCACAAAGUCCCACCAGCCCUGGAUCCUCCCGUACUGGCAAACCAUUCAGACGAUACCAGCGCAGCCUCACAGACACAGCCUUCAUCUUCUCCAGAGCAGAAGAGAGCACGACAUCCUCCCCUCGCAGUUCACCCCUGGUGUCCCCUUUCUCCCGGGCUCCUCCCUCCCCCAUCUUCCGUGCCACGUCUCCCCCCACAAGCCCUGAUUUCCGCCCUGUCACAUCUCCGCAAAGACCCAGAGCCCCUAUGUCACCGCCCACAUCACCUCUUCACCCUGCCCCUCCAGUCUCUGCCCUGCCCAGCGUUCCACAAACUAACAACCAAGUUCAGGCCGUUUUUGAGCCCAAAGCCCCAUCACCCACAGAACCUUCUGCACCUCCGGCCUCCCCUACUCUCUUGGCUUCCUUGUCCCCCAGUUUAGUAAAAAACAACCCCUCACAUCCAGAGGCCCUCCCUGGAUCGCCCCCAAAUACCCCAACCCAGCCAGAGCUCUCAAUGUUCUGCCUCGAGUCUCCACAGGCUCCAAAAGCUCCUCUUCCACAGAGACCACAGCUAAACACAGACCUCAACACAGCCACUCAUGUGCACACUGAGCUGGUGUCUGACACUAGCUACAAAGUACAGACUGUACUGGUGGAGGAGGAUGAGGAUGAGGAUGAGGAUGUGGAGGAUCAUGAGGAAAAUAUAGCUGAAACACAACCACACCCUUGUACUGCUACAGAACCAGUCCAGACGGAGUCAGGGGAGCAGGAGCAAGAGGAGGAGGAUCAGGAGGAGGAGGAAGAGGAGGAGGAGGAGGAAAAGGAGGAGGACAAGGAAGAAGACAAGGAGGAAGAAGAAGAGGGAUUCAAACAGGAAGGUGAGCCUGCCUCACUGGAGGAGCCAGUGGAGGUGGUGCAGGAGCAAGAGGAGGCAAUGGUGGAGAUGGAGAAUGACCAGUCAGAAGACAAUCAGGCCCCUGCUGAGCUUUCAGAGAAAGAGGAAGAGUCAGCAGUCAAAGUUAUUGUUUCAGAUGCCGUACCAAUUUGUCAAGAAAUCAAACAUGAGACUGUUGUCUUGUCAGCCAAUGGCAUCACAAAUGGAGAGGACACACAGGAACAGAAUGGCAUAGAACGAUCUUUGAGUCCAUCUGAUACAGAACUGAGCACACCGGAGCUGGCAGUUAGCUACGAUCUUCAUGGCACAGCAGAGGAGGAUGACGUUGUUGAGGAUAAGGAACAGGAGAUCUCAGAAAAUGGACAAGAGGUUUUAGCUGAGCGACAAAUGUGUGUCCGAGCUCUGUAUGACUACGAAGCAGAGGAUGAAUCUGAGAUCUCCUUUGAACCUGGUGACAUCAUCAGGAACGUGGAAACGGUGGACAAGGCCUGGUGGAGGGGGUGGAGCAAAGAUGGCCGUCAAGGCCUGUUCCCUGCUAAUUAUGUGGAGACCAUAUAGACAGACAGAGACACACUAGCACACACAGAUACACACACACACACACACUCAGGGACACCAACUCCCCUCACAUUUGCGCAUGUUGUUACCUUAAUCCUCCCACUGAAACUUUGUACCCUCUAUUUUGUAGGAAGGAUAAAGCAAAAUGCGACUCCCUAUUUUGUUGAAAGCAUAAAGAAAAGUGUGACUCUCUAUUUUGAUGUUUUUUUGUUGAGAAAGUAUUCUCACAAGUAUGCAGAAAUUACCCAGCCUCAUUUUCUUGGAUAAAAUAGCGGAGACCUUUUCCUGGACCAAAAUAACUUAUUUCCUUUUGAGAUACAGCAGGAGUGUUGAUGGGAGGGAUCAGAUCACGAUGACAAAUGAUCACAAACUUGCUUUUCUUGUAAGAAACACAAACAGAUUUUUAUAGUGUAUAGUCGUCUUUUUGAUCCACACAUAUAACAAGCAUUCCAUUCUGCCCACCAUUUGCUUUGUAUGUUACAUUGCUAAAAAAUAAUUUACUGUGCUUGACUGGUAUAUAUAAUCAAGAUACACGUAUCAGACAUCAUCUUAUAAUCAUCUUCCUGUAUUUCCUGAAUUAUUUUCUAGCAUGGUACUUGUUACUGACAGUUUCACAGCACAUUUUAAUUACCUAAACCAGAACAGCAGCAUAACAAAAGAUGAACAAGCAGAUGAAAAUGCCACAGUAUUGACACUUGUAUUUCUCUAUUGCUCUUUAAGAUGGACUGUAUUUUGUUCAUAUGGUGAUGUCCUUCCAAACAUUUUGUGAUAUUCUCAUUUUAAUUUUUUCAUAGUGGCAUUAUGUCGACACAUAUGAAAAAAAUCUUCCAAAUUUAAUCUUGUGUAAUAUCUUAAUACUCUACACUGUAUAUAAGAAUGUAUAAAAAAGUCAAAGAGCUUCUCUUUUUCUAUACUUGGCCUGUAUGUUGUAUGCUUGUUUGACGGUAUGUAUGUUCUUUGUAUUUACUCCAAACUUACAAAUAUAUAGCUUCUACAAAUUCAAACUCCUUUAAAA